AUGCACGUCCUGUCGACUGCGGUGCUGCUCGGCUCCGUUGCCGUUCAAAAGGUCCUGGGAAGACCAGGAUCAAGCGGUCUGUCCGACGUCACCAAGAGGUCUGUUGACGACUUCAUCAGCACCGAGACGCCUAUUGCACUGAACAAUCUUCUUUGCAAUGUUGGUCCUGAUGGAUGCCGUGCAUUCGGCACAUCAGCUGGUGCGGUGAUUGCAUCUCCCAGCACAAUUGACCCGGACUACUAUUACAUGUGGACGCGAGAUAGCGCUCUUGUCUUCAAGAACCUCAUCGACCGCUUCACCGAAACGUACGAUGCGGGCCUGCAGCGCCGCAUCGAGCAGUACAUUACUGCCCAGGUCACUCUCCAGGGCCUCUCUAACCCCUCGGGCUCCCUCGCGGACGGCUCUGGUCUCGGCGAGCCCAAGUUUGAGUUGACCCUGAAGCCUUUCACCGGCAACUGGGGUCGACCGCAGCGGGAUGGCCCAGCUCUGCGAGCCAUUGCCUUGAUUGGAUACUCAAAGUGGCUCAUCAACAACAACUAUCAGUCGACUGUGUCCAACGUCAUCUGGCCUAUUGUGCGCAACGACCUCAACUAUGUUGCCCAGUACUGGAACCAAACCGGCUUUGACCUCUGGGAAGAAGUCAAUGGGAGCUCAUUCUUUACUGUUGCCAACCAGCACCGAGCACUUGUCGAGGGCGCCACUCUUGCUGCCACUCUUGGCCAGUCGGGAAGCGCUUAUUCAUCUGUUGCUCCCCAGGUUUUGUGCUUUCUCCAACGAUUCUGGGUGUCGUCUGGUGGAUACGUCGACUCCAACAUCAACACCAACGAGGGCAGGACUGGCAAGGAUGUCAACUCCGUCCUGACUUCCAUCCACACCUUCGAUCCCAACCUUGGCUGUGACGCAGGCACCUUCCAGCCAUGCAGUGACAAAGCGCUCUCCAACCUCAAGGUUGUUGUCGACUCCUUCCGCUCCAUCUACGGCGUGAACAAGGGCAUUCCUGCCGGUGCUGCCGUCGCCAUUGGCCGGUAUGCAGAGGAUGUGUACUACAACGGCAACCCUUGGUAUCUUGCUACAUUUGCUGCUGCCGAGCAGCUGUACGAUGCCAUCUACGUCUGGAAGAAGACGGGCUCCAUCACGGUGACCGCCACCUCCCUGGCCUUCUUCCAGGAGCUUGUUCCUGGCGUGACGGCCGGGACCUACUCCAGCAGCUCUUCGACCUUUACCAACAUCAUCAACGCCGUCUCGACAUACGCCGAUGGCUUCCUCAGCGAGGCUGCCAAGUACGUCCCCGCCGACGGUUCGCUGGCCGAGCAGUUUGACCGCAACAGCGGCACUCCGCUGUCUGCGCUUCACCUGACGUGGUCGUACGCCUCGUUCUUGACAGCCACGGCCCGUCGGGCUGGCAUCGUGCCCCCCUCGUGGGCCAACAGCAGCGCUAGCACGAUCCCCUCGACGUGCUCCGGCGCGUCCGUGGUCGGAUCCUACUCGCGUCCCACCGCCACGUCAUUCCCUCCGUCGCAGACGCCCAAGCCUGGCGUGCCUUCCGGUACUCCCUACACGCCCCUGCCCUGCGCGACCCCAACCUCCGUGGCCGUCACCUUCCACGAGCUCGUGUCGACACAGUUUGGCCAGACGGUCAAGGUGGCGGGCAACGCCGCGGCCCUGGGCAACUGGAGCACGAGCGCCGCCGUGGCUCUGGACGCCGUCAACUAUGCCGAUAACCACCCCCUGUGGAUUGGGACGGUCAACCUCGAGGCUGGAGACGUCGUGGAGUACAAGUACAUCAAUGUGGGCCAAGAUGGCUCCGUGACCUGGGAGAGUGAUCCCAACCACACUUACACGGUUCCUGCGGUGGCUUGUGUGACGCAGGUUGUCAAGGAGGACACCUGGCAGUCGUAA